AUUUUUCUUCAGCUGUUUCUGUUGUUAGAAGCAUCAUGUCCGUGGAAGAAUUGAAUGGAUCAGAGUUGGGCACAAAAGAGUACUGGGAACAGGCUUAUGAACGUGAAAUUAAAAAUUAUCGAAAUCACGGAGAUGUUGGUGAAAUAUGGUUUGAUGAAGAUUCCCAAAUACGUGUUAUUAAUUGGAUAAUGAAACGGGAUGAUAUUGAAGAUGAUGAACGCAUAAUUGACUUGGGCUGUGGCAAUGGAAUGUUGUUAAUAGAACUAGCACGAGAGGGCUACACCAAUUUGCUGGGAGUGGAUUACUCCCCAAAAGCAGUGGAACUAGCUCAAAGUAUUGCUAAGGACCAAGACUUAAAGAUCGAUUAUAAAGUAGCUGAUUUAAUGAAUGUUGAAUCGUGCAAAGAUUUGGGUCAAUUUGGUGUAGUACAUGACAAAGGUACAUACGAUGCUAUUAGUUUGUGUCCUGACAAUCCAAAAGAAAAGAGAGAAUUGUACAUGGAAUCGGUAAGAAACAUAAUGACAGAAGAAAGUAUGUUUAUUAUCACGUCUUGCAACUGGACCGAAGAUGAGCUAAUUAAUAGUUUUCUGGGGAAGUUUGAGAAAAUGUGUAGCAUACCGACUCCAUCUUUUAAGUUCGGUGGAAAAGUUGGCAGUGUCGUUACCUCAGUAGUUUUUAAGAAAAUUUAAAAAUUGUAGUUCCUUCAUAUUUUAUAAUAAAAUGUUUUUUAAAAAAAUUCA